GUUCCGUGUGUGUGUGGCGGUGUUGAGCUGUCAGUCAAACCGAAAGUGCGCUGAUGAGACUCUAUAUAAACACACACACACACACACUCUUCUUAUAACAAAUCUGAGCGAUCAUCUUUGCCUAUUUAUCGUCAAGAAUUUUUCCUCUCUAUCUUUUUGUAAAUAUGGGCAUCUACUUUUCUAAACUGCUGUCGCGUCUCUAUGAUACAAAGCCGAUGAGACUGUUGAUGGUUGGUCUGGAUGCAGCAGGGAAGACCACAGUCCUCUACAAACUCAAACUGGGGGAAGUCGUCACAACAAUUCCAACUAUAGGUUUUAAUGUAGAGACCAUUGAGUAUAAAAACAUCUCUUUUACUGUUUGGGAUGUCGGUGGCCAAACCAAAAUUCGAGCCCUUUGGAAACACUACUAUCAGAACACCAGGGGUCUGAUCUUUGUGGUGGACAGCAGUGAUCAUGACAGGAUUGAAACAGCAGCAGAAGAACUCAAUAUGAUGCUGCAGGAGGAUGAGAUGAGAGACACUGUUGUGUUAGUUCUUGCUAACAAGCAGGAUUUACCCAAAGCCAUGCCAGUCCAUGAGCUGACAGAGAAACUGGGUUUACAUGCACUCAAAUCAAGACAGUGGUAUGUUCAGGCGACGUGUGCGGUUCAAGGAUCAGGUUUAUAUGAAGGACUGGAUUGGCUCUCUGAUCAGCUGUCCAAAUGAUAAAAACACUGUUGUUGUGGCCUGAAGUGCACUUGAAGAAAACACUAGAUAAGAACUGAAUGUAUAGAUUAUGUGCAGUCUCCAGCUGUAUUUUCUAUUUUGAGAAACAUUAAAUAUUAUUAUUUAAUAUGGUACUGUAUUUUUUAAUUAAAAAAAUUACUGUAAAAAGCAAAUUUUUAUGAAUGUUGGUCUGUUUGAUGUCUUGUUCUGUGGUAUAUGGACCUUUAAGAAAAAUAAAUUGUGUUGUAUUUAUCAUGUCUGUUUUAGUAUGUGGUAUGUGGAUUUUGAAAGAAAGGGUUGAUGUCUAUCUGUG